GAAAUGCGUGUUCUAGCUUUCUGUGUGCUUAGGCGCCCGAGCUACUGAGGGUCUAAGUCUGGGCAGCCGAAGAGUGUGGUAGGUAACGGUCGUCAGCGCAAGGGUCAUUUCGUCGCUGGGAAGGGACGGCCCUCGCCCGCGGUGAUGGUGGUUAGCAAGAUGAACAAAGAUGCGCAGAUGAGAGCAGCGAUUAACCAAAAGUUGAUAGAAACUGGGGAAAGAGAACGCCUCAAAGAGUUGCUGAGAGCUAAAUUAAUUGAAUGUGGCUGGAAGGAUCAGUUGAAGGCACACUGUAAAGAGGUAAUUAAAGAAAAAGGACUAGAACACGUUACUGUUGAUGACUUGGUGGCUGAAAUCACACCAAAAGGCAGAGCCCUGGUACCUGACAGUGUAAAGAAGGAGCUUCUACAAAGAAUAAGAACAUUCCUUGCUCAGCAUGCCAGCCUUUAAGAUUGAAUUAGAUUGUGUUGUUUUGUGGUCUUAUUUCUGAAAGUAAAACUUGCCAUAAAUUAGGAAUCGCUUUCCCAAAAUAAAAUCCUUUUUUGUAUGAUGGUAUACAGUUUUCGGUAAUGAUGUAUACAUUGUAUUGAUUUUUUCCCUAAAUGUGUUAUUUUAAUAAAUAUCUCAUGAAUGAGUUUGUAGUUUCCUUGGAUCUUGGAAUAAAUGGGACUUUUCAAUAACCCACCAGAUUUAUUAGAGAAAAAGUCAGCGAGUAUUAAGUAUGUACAUAUUUCUGUGCUAACAACUGAAGAGAAGGAAGCAGCCUCUUUGAAUUGUCUAGAUACGGUGUAUUUCUCUUAAAUCCCUAUAAUAUUUUAUAAUACAUGCCCCAUCUUGUACUGCAGUUGUUUUAUUUCUUAUUUGUUACAAACUCUGAGAGUUAGGACUGAGUCUUUACUCAUCUUUACGUGCCUGCCUUAUUCCUCAAAGAAUUUACCAUCCAAUUGGAAGAGAGAACAUUUGCAAACUGGCUCCAUUCCAAGCUCCUCUCACAUACCUACUCAUCUGAACUUUGAAAGCAGAAAGUCUAACUCACAUCCCCACAUACUAAGGUCAAGAAAGAACUUAAUGGGAAAUAAUCUCCACCUGUAGCUUUACUCUGACAUCAAGAAUGCCAAAUCCAAUGGACUCUUGUCUAUACUUACGUGACUGCUGCUGGGAACUGAGAACGUUGACCGUCCUGCCACUGGAACUGUCCUCCCAGUCCUCCCACUGGAGUUCCUUCUGUGUCUUGUGGAGUACCUCUGCUGUGUGGGACUCGAAGUAAUGGUGUUUCUUAGGGCUUGCUCCUGGGCCCUCUGCCAGACUAAUGUGCUUUUUCUGGGAAAAUCCCACGCAACAAGUUGGACUGUGACUUCAAAUACUAACAGGUUAAUAAAUGGUAAAUUGCGUUACCAAACCAGACUUCAGCCCAGCCUCCAUGCCCGUAUGCCCAUCUGUGGAUCAGCUCCCUUGGAUGUUCGUGAACCCUCUGACCACACCUAAGAUAGUGACUUUUUUCCCUCCAGUAACUAUCCCUACUGUGUUCCUUACCAAUGUGAGCAGUACCUCCUAGCCAUACAUACUACCUGAGGAGUUUGUUAAAAUAGUGACCUGGGAGGUAAGAGGUGUUGCACAAGAUCGUGUAUUCCUGACAAACUCCCAGUCAAUGCUUCUGCUGGUGACGGAGGACCAUUUGGAGUGUGGCAAGGUUGUUGGUCGACCACUGCCUGCCCUCUGAAGUGCCUUAGUUCAAGCCCGGUGAGUGCACUUGGCACCUCAAGUUUCCUUGCUUUAGCUGCUCCAUGCAUCCUCUAGUAUGUCUUCCACACUUAGGCCUAAGUGACCUUACUAAAAUUCAUCUUCCAUUCUUGAAACUACUCAGUGGCUCCUGGUCUGCAGAGUAAAAUUAGAGCCAUAGCACCUAAGCCCUCUUGAUCAGACAUCUACUUUUUCUAGUUAACGGAGUUCCCAAAAGUAUCAAGUUGAUUUAUCCUACUCGGCUUUCAAAAUUCUACCUGAGUUACGUUUUUGGUUUGUUUUUUUUUUUAUUUUUUUAUUUUUAUGUAUUGAUUUUAGAGAGGUAGGGAGAGAGAUGUGGGUUGGUUGCCCCACUUAUUUAUGCAUUCAUUGGUUAAUUCUUGUAUGUGCCCUUCUGAGGAUUGAACCUGCAACCUUGGCAUACUGCCUGUGUUAUUAAAACAUUCUAACAUUUCUAUUUGAUUUAAAUUUUCCACUGCUGUUUUUCUAUCAAAAGCAGUUGUGCAUAAUUUCCCUUCAACUCAAUAGUUCUAGAACUUUGCAUGCAUUUCCUGGAGGGGAAGGAACGUAACAUUUUUCCUCUAUGAUACUGAUUUGUGGGUGAAUGGACAAAAUAAAUGAACAUUAUAGAAGCACAAAAGUGAAAAUAUCAUUGGUUUGAGAACGAGGCUUCACAUUAAUUUUUGGAUCAUGUUCCAGAAAUAUGAUUUUGAUGAAUUUAAGUGUAGUCUUGGAACAAACUGGUCUAAACUAUGUAAAACGUUAAACCUAAGACACACAAACCUGCCCUCCAAUUUUUUUUGUUUCAUAAAGCAAUAAAGUUAAAUGGUAGUUAUAUUCAUGAUUCUGCUACCCAUUAUCAAAGAAAAUGGUACGAAAUGUUAAAUUUUAACAGGUAGUUUUUAUUUCAUAGUGCUGUAUGUAAAAGGAAACCAAAAAUUACUUACAGAGAUUACUAUUUUAAUAGUUCAGAACAAAAUAUAAGAAAGGGAAAGAUGGAAAUAGUUUGAGAUGGGACAAAAAAUAAUUGAGGUGGGUAUAAUAGCAAUCAAAAUACUAAAGAGCAUAGCUUGAAAACGAUAAUGCCAAGAAGACCCCUGUCAUCUCUAGGAUUUUUUUUUUUGAGAUCUUCAAAAUGUAGUUUGCAUCUUGAACUAUUGAUAUCUUUCCAAUAAACCAACUUUGUGAA